AUGAACACAGAACAUCUCAUCCUCGCACCAACCAUCGCGCAACAAGCUUUCCAGACAACCAUGGCCGCUCUACUCCCUCGGCUCGAGGUCCUGGACCGCACCGCCCUGCCGGCCUUCUGCACCCCGAUCAAGCGCAUCCACGAGAGCGGCGACGUGCCCACCUUUCUCACCAGCCUGGCCUACCGCGACAUUGGCGUCUUCAUCAUGCAGCUCAACCACGCCGUGUGUCCGCGCCACCGCAAAGACUCGCCCGCCGCGCAGACGUUUGUCAUUCCUUCGGCUUCUUCCAAAGACAGUGAGCUCAGCGCUCCCGUCGCGGCGCUGCAGGACCUGCUGGCUGCGAUCCGCGACUUGAUGGACGAAGCGCCGCCCGCGCCAGGCCCGCGCCGCUUCGGGAAUCUGAGCUCCCGCACGUGGCACGCGCUGCUGGGGGACAGGGCAGACGGCAUGCUGGGGCAAGGCGUGCUGGGGGCCACGAUUGCAGCGGCGGGCGGCGACGCGGCGCGCGCGGAAAUCAAGAGCUACCUUCUGGGUGGCUUUGGCAGCGCGCAGCGUCUCGACUACGGCACAGGCCACGAGCUCAGCUUCCUGGCAUUUCUCGGGUGUCUAUGGAAGCUGGGUUAUUUCCAAACGGAAAAGCCAGAGGUGGAGGUUGAAAGAGAAAUUGUCUUUUCCGUCAUUGAACCGUACGUGGCACAGCUCUGGCCUAUGCCACAUAUAAUACUAAUCAAGUACAGAUACCUGGCCCUUGUUCGAAAGCUCAUCACCACAUAUACACUUGAACCAGCAGGCUCCCACGGCGUGUGGGGUCUAGAUGACCACUCUUUUGUACCGUAUAUCUUUGGUUCGGCACAAUUGACGCGGCCCAUUGACGACAAUGACCCCAUGCCGCUUGACGGUUCUGUUAGAGGCGCGCCCAAGACGGGCGACAUUACCAGAGCACUGGUUGUCGAGGACAACCGUCAAAGAAACCUGUAUUUUUCUGCCAUUGGCUUCAUCAAUGACAUUAAAACGGGCCCGUUCUGGGAGCACAGCCCAAUGUUGUUUGACAUUUCGGGCGUCAAGGACGGUUGGGGCAAGAUCAACAAGGGAAUGAUUAAAAUGUAUAAUGCUGAAGUCUUGUCCAAGUUUCCCGUCGUGCAGCACUUUCCUUUUGGUUCUCUCUUUUCAUGGGAGCAGGACCCUAACCAGCAACAACCGGCGACACACUCUGCCUCGUCUGCCCCUACAGCUGCGGCUGCGCCAGUCGGAAGCACAGCAGCACCAUGGGCUCAAACAUCGAGAAUGCCGCCGAGUUCGAGAGCCCCUACUCAAGCGCUUUGCGAGAGGAGUGGUCGGCGGCUUGACGGGCAUGUGCCUGAUCGGUAA